ACAUCAGACACGUACUAACACAGAAGUAGUUUUCAUCUCCGUGAUUAUAGAUUCACUUCAGGACUUUUCAACAUUUCUCAGUUUCUGAGCUGCUGAAGAAAAUGUUUCACUCCUUUGUUUUUUGCUGUUUGUGCUUUUUGCAUCUGUUUGGUGUGUUUGCUGAUCCAGGAGAAGUGAAGUCUGUGUCAGUGACAGAAGGAGAUUCAGUCUCUCUAGACUCUAGACUUACUGAAAUCAAGAUAUUCGAUUUUAUAACAUGGAAGUUUGGACAAUCUGGGACUAUUAUAGCUUACAUUAAUAAAGAGGCUGAAAUCUACAACACAUCUGUUGUUCCUGACGGGAGAUUCAGAGACAGACUGAAGCUGGAUCAUCAGACUGGAUCUCUGACCAUCACUAACACCACAAUCACACACUCUGGACUUUAUCAAGUGUCCAUCAGCGAUAGGAAAGUCAUCACACACAGAUUCAACGUCACUGUCUACGCUCCUCUGCCUGUACCUGUCAUCAGCAGAAACUCUUCACGAUGUUCUUUAUCAUUUUGUCCAUUGGUGUGUUCAGUGGUGAAUGUGGGUCAUGUGACUCUCUCCUGGUACAAAGGAAACAGUUUAUUGUCCAGCAUCAGUGUGUCUGAUCUCAGCAUCAGUCUCUCUCUACCUCUGGAGGUGGAAUAUCAGGAUAAAAACAGCUACAGCUGUGUGCUCAACAAUCCCAUCAGCAACCAGACUCAACAUCUGAACAUCUCUCAACUCUGUCACACAUGUCCAGAAGUCCCUGUCCAUUGUUGUGGUACUGUCGAAGCUGUGUUCCGAUUGGUCGUCACUGCUCUGGUGGGCGUGGCUGCUGCAGCGGCUGCUGUGCUUCUGGUCAAUGACAUCAGAUCUACCAGAGGUGAAAAGAAGAAAACAGAACAGAUUUCAUAAAUAUAUGUUGGAGUUUUAAUUGGAAAGAUGAAAAUAUAUGUGUGGUCUAAUUGUUUGGUGAUUGGGAGAUUAACGUUUGCUUAGCAAUGCUUUCCUAUGAAAUUUGAUAGGGAAAGGAUCAUUACCCAAAUUUGGUGUAUUAGAGACUAUCACCUGGUGGGGCCAAAAUGAUGCAUAUUCUUAAAAUUUUAUUUAAUGUUUUUAAUGCCACCUAUUUUAGAUUUA